AUGCUGUGCUGGUUCCAGGGCGCAGUGAGGGCCGAGCAGUCCGGCUCGGAGUCCGGGCAGGAUACUCCCAGCCGGGGCGGUCAUCCUCAGGAUGCCUCUGUUGCUGGGCUGGCAGUGGCCUGUGCUCCCAGGUGGAGCCCGAGACCUGGGCACCAGGACCAGGAAGGGCUCCACCGGCUCAAAGUGACUCCGGAUGAAGGGUUCAGGCAAGGUGGGACAGUGGCUGAAGUCAGGAUCGUGCUGGUGGGAAAGACUGGAGCUGGGAAGAGCGCAGUUGGAAACACCAUCCUGGGACAGACGAGGUUUACAUCUACUCUGGCAUCCACAUCCAUAACUCAGGAAUGUGCCAGAGAGGAAGGCAAGCUGGGCCGAUUCACAGCAGAAGAGAAAGUCGCAGUGAAAUACAUCCAGUAUAUUUUUGGCAAAGAAGCCGUCAGAUACAUGAUGGUCCUUUUCACUCGAGGGGAUGAUCUAGGUGAAAAUAAGACGAUUGAAGACUAUGUGAAGAAGGCUCAUAGCCAUCUGAAGAAGUUCAUUCGCCAGUGUGGCAAUAGAUAUCACGUCUUCAACAAUAAAUCCAAGGAUCCAGACCAGGUCUAUUCACUCAUGAGCAAGAUCUCCCAGAUGGUGUCUGAGAAUGGAGGCAGCUGCUUCACUAACGAGAUGUACAGACUGGAGGAGGAGAGGAAGGCGGCUGAAGAGAGACGAAGGAGAGAGGAAGAAGAGAGGAGGAAGGCCGAAGAAGAGACUGAAGCACAGAGGAAGCGCUUUGAGGAAGAGGAGAGAAUAAGACAGGAGGUUGACAGGAGAUGUCAGGAAGAGAAGGAGAAAUUAAAAACAAAAACAAAAAAUUGGUAUUCAAAUCUCUGUUUAAUCUCCUAAUAUUUCUGAAGUAGGAAAUAUUUUCUUCUUU